AUGCCCAAUAUUUCUGUACUUAUCUCUAAAGACCCAAGACCCAUAUCAGAAAUCAAUCUAUCUAAUGUAGAGAAAUUCUCAAAAGAAAUUUACUCAAUUGAUCUAACGAAAAAAAAGUUAGUAAAAAGUAACCAGAGUAAAAAACAAGAACAAAACGAAGAACCCUAUGCUCCUAUAACAAAUGCCAAUAAAAAUUCUCUAAUUCGUACUCCAAGUUCUGGAAAAAUCAAUCUUCUAGGAAAAAUAGUUCUAGCCCAAUAUAAGAAAAGGAAAUGCUGGACCUUUGAAAUAGAAAAAUUCAACAAUAUUAGCGAAAAGGUCGAACAAAAAAAAAGCUAA